AUGAGAUACAAGUUCGUACAACCCGUCUAUUCAUUUGAGGAAGCAGCGAAAUGGAGGCUAUGGGGACUGGGCUUCCUUGAACCUCUGACGACGAUCGCGCUCGUCGUCGUCAGGUCGGAGGCAAGACGAUUGGACAAGAUCUGUGAGACAGAUCUUUAUAUAGUGGUUUUAUCUCCCACAAAAACUGACCGACCAAUUUCAGAGUGACAUUUCGAACGGUCAAAAAAACAUGUCACUCUGUAGUGACUUUGCAAAAUCUUUGCGAAUCAAACCGUUCGAGCAAUCGCCAUUUAUUAUGACAUGUUAAAAAUAUUGGUCGAACAGUAAAAGUAUCGAAACUAUAAUACAGAUCUCAGUGCCCCUGCGAUUGGCUCCGACAGAAAAAAAGGUCAGCGGAUACUUUUUUUCGGGCUGAUGUCGAGUCGAUACUUAUAUCAAGUUCCAACACAAAUUUCUUCUUCUUCUUCUUCUUCAGCGUUUGUCCCGCGCGGGGUCGGCUUUUCUGGAUCGUUUUCGCCAUUUCGUUCUAUCUGCUGCUUGGUCAGGGUGUAGGUUUGUCGCUUUCAGAUCUUGAUGUAGCGUGUCCAACCAUCGUUGUUUCGGUCGGCCCUUGGGCCUUUAGCCAUCGACUUCCAUUUCAAGACUCGUUUUUGCUAUAGACGUGGCAUCUGCUCGUAGGACGUGUCCGUACCAUCUCAGCCGGUUUUCGCGUAAUUUUUCCACGAUGGGUACCACCCCGAACCGCUUCCGGAUGUCAUCAUUUGACACGUGGUCUAAUCUCGUGAUGCCGGCGGUCCAGCGGAGCAUUUUUGUCUCCAUCACUGCCAUUUUUCUUUCAGCUUCUUUCGUAGUGGGCCAGCAUUCGGUUCCGUAAGUGGCUACCGGGCGGGUAACGGUUUCCAACACAAAUUUGAAGGGCCAAAACUCGAAAAAAGCAAAAAGCUCAUUUGCUAUUCUUUUAAAAUGUGAGCCAGAGAGCCUUUCUAAAAUUUUUGUAACAAUGUCUCAAAAUGUGUCUUUUUGCAGCUCCUUUGUGAGUAUUAUCUGCUUUCUUCAAUUUUUCCAUCAAUGACCUUCAUUGUUCUAGUGUAGUUCCUAUUGCCACUGGCGGGACGGCGGAUCGGGAAAAAUCGAUGAUAUCAGGGCCGCAAGAAUUUCUUGUUUGAGACGCUCCUCCUCUUCUUAUGGGCGCGGGCGAGAUCAUUAAACGUUUUUUUCUCUUUCCUUUUGUUUCUCUUCAAUUUGUCAAAAAUGAUCAAGUUUUUCUGAUGAAAUGCUCUCUUCAAAAUCAAGUUCAAAGACUGUGCUUUUUCAUUCUUCCUCGACCCAAAUCGUGCACCAUUUUCAAUAUUUUCAGAAGGUCAUAUACCUUGCAUAUUUUUAAACUUCAAGCUCAAAAAUAAAUUGUGGAAUGGGUCCGCUUUGAAACUAUCGAACGCUGGUUCCUCCCGAACAAUUUUUAAGCUUGAUUUGUGAUAAGGAUAUAUUAAUUAACAGGAAAAUGGUGCAUGAAUGGUCAAGAAAUCAAAUUUUCUCAAAUUUUAAGCUGAUUCUGAAACGAGCAUUUUCAAAAACUUUUUCUAAAAUUUUAUUUUCAUUUUUAUCCUAUUCUCCAAUUUUCUCUCUUUUCUCCCACCCUUCAAUAGUCUGUUUUUCCCAAUUUUUCAUCUUUUCAUUCUCUCUCGGAAAGCUAAAAUAAAAUUUAUUUAUUUUAAAGCUGACUUUUUCGAUAGCGACGCAAUUUAUUGCCCGAGGUUUCAGAAUUUUCCGUCUUAUGUCAAUGACCUUUCGGUCUUUGAUUCUACUCUGUCACGACCUGUUAAGCAGUCCGCGUGGAAAUCGCUUAGGCUCCCUUUCAUUCUUGUCUAGAGCGGUGUCCUUUACACCGCUUCCAGGAUAAAAAGAGGCUCAGCGAAGCCUUUUUUCAUGAACGACGGAAUCCGCGCUCAGGAGCUCCAGCAAACGCUCGCGGCGAUCCGGCACGAAACGACGAUGUUCCGCCAGGAGAUUGCGCAGCUCCACGCUUUGUUUGAAAGGAAAGCCCAGGCUCAUCGAAUCGAAGCCCCAGCUGACCACGCGAGCCCCGAACCUGCACUUUCAGCACAUGUUGGGCAAGCACCAGAACCACGUGGCAGGUCGCAUAACCGCCACCACCGCCACCGCGCAAAUGCCCGUCUACGAAUGCGAAAGACACUACGAGAAACUACCACUCCUGGCAUCGCGCGAAGAACUCCAAGCCAUCAGGACACUACUGGAGGAUGAGCAAAUAGACCGCACCUCUAACCUGUUUUUACUGAGUAGCACACCUCGCAGAAGACAAGGAGCAAAACGUUGACCGCCUCGCAACGACGCCUCAGUUUGAGACACUCGACCAAAUUUCGAAAAUGGUCGAGACCGCCAACUCGGAUGAGUAUCCGAUUUGAAAAGCGCUCCAAGACGCCGGACAGCGCCUCGAUCUCGAUACGCACCAUCUCGAGAAAUGCAGCUCAGAGACCCCGACCACAAGCCGCCGUGCGCCUUUUGCGCCGGCAACCACUACUCCGAUGGCUGCCACUGGAUAAUGGUACCAUCCGAGAGGGUGGAUGCACGUCUACGAAUGCGGAAGACAUUAUGAAAAACUACCACUCCUGGCAUUGCGCGAGGAAUUCCGAGCCAUCAGGACACUACUGGAGGAUGAACAAAUAGACCGCACCUCCCCCCUGUUCCUACUGAGAGUGAGUCUGCGAAUGGUCGCGGCGAACAUCUCGCAGAAGACAAGGAGCAAAACGUCGACCGCCUCACAACGACGCCUCUGUUUGAGACACUCGACCAUGUUUCCAAAAUGUUCGAAACGCGGAGAAAUACCCAGUCUGGAAAGCGCUCCAAAAGGCCGGGCAGCGUCUCUACAGCCAGGAGAAUACGACCAAUUUCUCUCCCUCCAGACACACGCCAUGUAGCAGAAUGACGCGAUGACCAGACAAAGUGAGGCGGUCGCAAAGAAGAACGACGCCUGGAAGAAAACCAGGAAGUGCUCUUCAUCGCUAGUAAACGCAGAAGCCGAUCAUGAAGCCGCAGUCGCCGGGCCCACCACAACCAUAACGGGAACAACCGCCAUUGGCAGGACAGCAAGAAUACGACAACCGCCCACGCUACGCGACGGCGGACACCCGAUACGCACCGAGAAAUGCAGCUCGAGACCCGACCACACGCCGCCGUGUGCCUUUUGCGCCGGCAAACACUUCUUCGACGGUUGCCACAACUGCCGGGCUCACAAACGCUGCAGAUACUGCAAUGAAGACACACACCAUCCGUCGCUGUGCCGAAUCCCGCUAGUCCACUACGAAUACCAGAAAGUAACUUUGAAACUUCUUCCUCCCGUCGUCGCUCUGUCCUCACUCACAAUAAAAGAAUUUUAGAUUACGCAAAUCAAGGUAACGAGAGCAUACAAGGUCUGGCAACAACUACGGGCACCACCAGCACGUCAAGCCCGACAAACAACACAGCCGAAAAAAAAAACUCGACUAGCAUCUGCCCCGAAUGCGAAACCGAAGAAGACCAUCGUGACGACGACGCCAACCAUUCUCGCGCCACAAGUAACCGCGAUACAAGCCGUCCAGGCUCUAGAAAAACUCGAUUACCAGCGGUUAAAGGAAAAUUUUUACUCCGUGGCUAAAACUGUUUGCCGACACCAUGAAGCAUCCCGAAUACAACCGGAACACGCAUUCUUUCCCUUUUCCUCCAAGGAGGUGCUCGAGUUCGCUACGAAGUAAUCCCGCAAGCCAGCCAAUUAAGCUGGACGGACAUCACUGACAAAUUCACCAAAGCAUUCAAAAGCUCCAUCGAAAUCGUGAACGCCAAAGGCGAACUUUGCGAAAUGGAACAAGGCUCAUUGAGCAUCGGUGAAUUCGCGAACAGAGUCAAGGACAAAGUCGACUUCGCUCUCGACUCUUCAGCAUCUCAGAGAGAAAAUCGCUCUGUUUUGAAUUGA